AUGCAAAGUGUUCACAAAAAAGAAACCAAAAAUUUUUAUAUCACCAGUAAUGAUGAUUUGAGCAGUGGAAUAAAUAUUAAAAAUGAUAAUGAAAUAAUUGAUGAAUCUGCUAUCGUUGAAGAACCAAACAAAAAUAAGCCUAACUACCAAAUCCUUGUCCAGAUUAAAUCAUUGAAAUUUAAUCCAUUACGACAACCAAAUCCCAAUAUUAAGAAAUCAAUUCGUCUUGCCAUCCGUUCAGUAACUUACAAUACCAAACCGAGUAUCUCGCUUGAAGAACAAUUGGAAAAAAUGUUUCUUUUUCCAUUUGAUUAUCAUUCAUUGGUUUUUGAUUCAAUGAAGUUUGAUAUUUAUGAUCAUGGGUUCUUCUUAAAUACAAAUAAAAAACUUGGACGUGUUAUUGUACAAUUAAGUGCUUUAAAACAAGCUAUUAUCGACCAAAAAGAAUUUGAAGGAACUUUUUCUCUUGAAACUAAGGAAUUAUUAAAUAUUCAAGAAGUUGCCAUACAAAACAAAGCUACACCCCCAAUUCUUAACGAUAGAAAUCUAGCAACUGAAGUUAAUGACAUAGUUGAAUUUGAAUGUAAUAAUAUUCUGACAUAUACCGAAGUAAGGUCUCUUGGUAUACUUGAUUUGGUAUUAAGUCAAGAGACUAGGGAUGCGAUUAAGGAGAUUACAGUUCUUUAUAAUUCGUUUUUUGAUAACCGAUGGAUGCUGUCCAAGUUGGAGUUUUUAGAAGCAUAUAUGCUGUUAGAAAAAUAUUAUGCUCAAAAACCAAAAAUAUCUCAAAAAGUUACAGGGAAUUUGAUUCAAGAUGUGGAUAGAAUGAAAAAAGCUCAGAGAUACUUAAAAUUUUCAAUGGCAUCAUAUGGAUCUUUCUUGUUUCAUUGGUUUGGAUAUGGUCAUAAUAUUGGUCCAUUAAAUGUUCUUAGAAUGAAUUCUGACAAAAAAGUUGUACAGGAUUUUUUUGGUCUUGAAAAAGAAGAUAUUAUUUGUUGGGAAUAUGGACUAAAUGCAGUUGCGGUACCUAAUUACAUGGUAAUUAGAGAUCCAGAAACAAAUUCUAUUCUUAGUGUUAUUGAUGUAAUAACUGAUGCUCUAGCACACUAUGAACAAUGGAACGGUGGUUUUGUUCAUCGUGGAGUACUACGCAGUGCCCAAUAUCUAGUAGAUCAUUCCUUAGAUGACAUUAGAGCUGCCGUAAUAAAAUUUAAUGCGGAUUCCAUACAAAUAAUAGGUCAUUCAUUAGGUGCAUCUAUAUCAUCUAUCGUAACUCUUCUUUUACGAGAAAAAUGUAAAGAUCUACUUGCAGGUGGAAUUGAUAUUCGUGCAUGGAAUUUCGCAACUGCUCCGUGUUGUUCACAUGAUUUGGCAUGUAAUCCUGAGGCCAUAAAUUUCAUUUAUAAUUUUGUGAAUGAGAACGACAUUAUUCCGAGAUUGAGUUAUGGUAAUUUAAUGGAUUUUAAAGAGUUGGUUAAGUUUGCAGCUAGUGAAUUGAAGAAUGAAGAAUAUAAAAAGUUAAAGUCGACUGAAAAAUUUCUUAAAAUUUUCACUUCGAUCGAUUCUUAUCGCACAACAUUAAAAUCAAAGUCAUCUAGCCAAAAGUUAUAUAUACCUGGAACUAUACAUUAUUUAUACAAAGGGUUUUAUCGUUCUCAUAUUAAAUCGUCAUUAGCAUGUUAUACUAAAGAUAUAGUGUGUGAAAAAUCCUCACCAGAUUUACUUACGGACAUUACUUUACGACGGAACUGGCUGUUUCAUCAUUUUCCAGAUAGGUAUGAUAAGAAGUUUAAGGGUGUUAUCACAUUUUUAUUAAACAGAAUGAAUGAUAAAGAAGUCGACAAAGUAGAAAAUUUUUGGAAGAAAUGGAGAAAAAUGGAUGAAAUCGAACACGUAUCAGAAGAAGGUGGACAACAUAUGGAAAG